GUGACAAGUGUGUUGUCGUUUCACAUUUCAAGUGGGAAUCGUUUGCAGUGAAAUAAUUGUAGUUUUCCUAAGUUUUAUUGAUGCAAAUAAAAUAUUUUUUAUAAACUGUGUGUUGAGAAAUUGAAUUCACAACUUCAUUCUAACUUUUUUUUAUUAGAAGAUAUUUUUAGAUUAUUUUGUAUCGAAAAAAAUCAGAUUCAUAACGGUUUUGCUUAUGGCGCUGGUAGCACUGUGAACUUAUUUUUUCGUUCAACAUCAACCGACUGAAAUGAUACCUAGCGGAUAUGCUGGCCCUUUAAAUUUUAUCUCACAAUCCGCAAUGGUCUUUGAUCUAAUGAAAAUGAAAAAUAAAAUGGUGAACAAAUUGAUCAGAAUUACUGCACUUUCGAUCAAACAGUGACUAAAUUAACAAUUUGUUUUGAAGAAACAAUCAAUGAACCAUCAAUACAACAAUCAACUUGCCUCAACGAAUUCUGACACCAAACUGACCAUGCAAUGCUGAAUUUCGAAUAUUGUGCUCUUGUCGUUGUGCAAAUGUCCUGUUAGUCAAAAAUCACAACCGAAUCAAAUGCAAAACUAAUACAACAGCACAAUCCAGAAAAAUGUGUUGACAAACACUCAAAAUCUCGUUUGAAUCUCGACUCAAAGUAGAUAUUUCGCAUCGUUAUGAAAUUCAGAACACAAAAACUGCACUGUUCUUCACGCAGCAACAGUAAGAGCUGUCAAUUCGAUUCUAACGGAUUCGAUCGCCACAGUCACACUUCGAUUUGUUAUGAAAAUAUUCUUGCUCCAGCACACACACACAAGAAUGAAACGAACGAAGCGGAGAAGCAUAGAGAGAGAGAGAAUACACGAGAGCAAGAGUACACAUAGCUAUGUUACUUGAAUGUUCUUUCUGUAUGUGGUUCAUUCUCACAUUCUUUCUUUCGUAUUUGUAUAUCUGCUGUACGGUCUGUAUAUAUAACUUUCAAAUCGACAUUGAACCAUAAAAUACCGUUUAGCACAUCAAUUGUGAGUCAUGCGAACGAUUCGACGUGUGAACCAUUCCUUACGAAUAUUAUUGGCUGUCAAAUAAACAGAUGUUUACUAAAUUCACAUACAAACAAACAAAUCGAGUAGUAGCAGUAGUAAAAUACCAUGCACAGAGUCAAUCAAUCAAGUUGUUUUGUUAAAAUCGGUUGUGUUAAUUUUGUGUAUUUGUAUUAGCCUUGAAACGUGCCAUUGUUUUACUUUUGAAGAAAAAAAAAUCCCAUGAAGUUAUGAAAUUGCAUUGAAUGAAAAAUAGCUGGAUAUUGAUCGAAAUCGAUUGAGAUUACUCCAUUUGGAUGGAAUGUAGCCGGAUUGUUUCUUGUGAGGGAAUUGAAGCAGGGAACAUGAUCGGAAGGCGUGUGCGAGCUGGUUAUAUGUCAAUAACGCGACAAAGCCAAGUUUUGAACCAUCAAAGUGACGAUAUUGAAUUUGAAAAUGUGCCAAAUGUUUGCAACGGAUCAGCAACAUCAUCGAACGCUUCCUCAUUAGAAUAUCUUCCGAAUGCACCUAGUCCAAUUACCUACACUGCUUACGGAUAUAAGCAUUCAAACUUACGCACAUAUUUCUAUCAUGUCGUCUCCAUCCUUUUUCUUGGCAUUCCAUACUUGAUCUCCAAUUCAAGUCUUCGGUUUUUCGUUUGGCUCAAAUUGCAACCAUGUGAUUUGGCCGAUUGCGAAUGGGUUCUCGUUACGAACAAUAAAGGUAAAGUUUCGCUUGAACGUGUUCGGGUGAUACGUCCAACUGCCGCUGCCAUUGCCUUCUAUUCGAAUAUUUUGAAGGAAAUUAAUCGAGAAAAUGCAUCGACCAAUGAAAUUCGAAUCUUUGAAUUUGAACACAUACGAUAUAUUUUCAACAAUCAUAUCGAUCAGUUUGUCAGAAUGCGUCACCUUGAUGAACUUUCGACCACAAACCAACUCAUACAUUCAAAUCUUAGUUGUGUAUCCAGCGAACAGCGUGACGCUUUAACACAAUUAUAUGGACAAAACACAAUUGAAAUAGCUGUGAAAUCCUAUUGGGAACUCUUUCGGACGGAAAUUCUCAAUCCAUUUUAUUUAUUUCAAAUAUUCUCGGUGACACUGUGGUGCUUUGAUGACUAUUACUACUAUGCUGGUUGUGUUUUUAUACUCUCAGGCAUUUCAAUUUACUGUUCGUUACACGAAACUAGAGCGCAAAGUAUAACGUUGCAUAAUGUAAUCGAAAGUUUGAAAGCGGACGAUAUCGGUGUUAUGAACGAAUCCAAUGACGUGGCCAACAUUGCGUCUGAUUCUCUGGUACCGGGUGAUAUAAUUGUGAUUCCAGUGGAUGGUGGUAUAAUGGCUUGUGACGCGGUACUUCUAUAUGGAUCUUGCAUUGUGAAUGAGUCAAUGUUGACGGGAGAGAGUAUACCAGUAACAAAAGGACCACCAACAUCAAAUGAUGCACCAUUCGAAUGGAUGUCUCAAAAACGGCACAUCCUAUAUGCAGGCACCACUAUUCUACAAACCCGUUACUAUGGAAGUGAAAAAGUAUUAGCAAAAGUGGUUCGCACCGGGUUCAACACAUCGAAAGGUGAACUUGUCAAAAGUAUUCUGUAUCCACGUCCAAUCGAAUUUCGAUUUUAUGAAGAUUCCGUUCGUUUUGUGUCAAUGCUAUUCGUUGUGGCUGCAUUGGGCAUGGUCUAUACCAUUCAAAUGUACCAAGAACGAGGUGCUGACUUGAAGACAAUCAUUGUUAGAGCGUUGGAUAUUAUCACGAUAAUCGUACCACCAGCACUGCCAUUGGCUAUGACUGCCGGUCAGGUGUAUAGUCAAGCGCGUUUGAAGAAGAAAAACAUUUUCUGUAUUAGCCCACAACGUAUCAAUGUGUGUGGUAAAUUGAAAUUGAUUUGUUUCGAUAAGACGGGUACCCUUACCGAUGAUGGUUUGACGAUGGAUGGCUGCCGUGAAUGUAGAAAUGGCGAAUUUCGCACCAAUGACACACAACCACCGAAUGGUUUCGAUGUAAAAACAAACAUCAUCCAGAACAUGGCUACGUGUCAUUCUCUGACAACAAUUCAUGGUACUCUCCAAGGUGAUCCUCUUGACUUGGAAAUGUUUCGUUCAAUUAAAUGGGAAUACAUCGAACCUGGUCAUGAACAUACUCGUUUCGAUAAUUUAGCACCGGCCAUCGUUCGGCCGAUCAGACUAAAUCCACGAGCGCCAAGUACAUCACCUAUAUCUGACGGUGAAUUAGCUGACGUGCCAUAUUCCAUUGGCAUAAUCAAGCAGCAUCAAUUCUCUUCGGAAGCUCAGUGCAUGUCGGUAAUUGUACGUGUAUUGGGUGAAAAACACAUGAAAGUAUUUGCCAAAGGUGCACCGGAAAAAAUUCACAGCCUAUGCCAGCCAAAGACAAUUCCAAAGGACUUUUACGAAGUACUCUAUCGAUACACGUCGAGAGGCUAUCGUGUGAUUGGAUUAGCUCAUAAGAAACUCUCAUCGAAAAUUAAAUGGAUGGAAAUUGAACGCAUGAAACGUUCCGACAUUGAGACGAAUUUAAUAUUUGAUGGUUUCUUGAUUUUAUUGAAUUGCCUGAAACCAGAAACCACUCAUGUAAUCGAAGAAUUACAUGCAGCCCAAUUACGAACGGUUAUGAUUACCGGUGAUAACAUUAUGACAGCUUUAUCAGUUGCAAAGGAUUGCAAAAUGGUCAAGCCACAUGAAGAAGUGUAUAUUGUAAAAUGCGAAGGAUACGGAGACGAUAGACCUAAGUUGACCAUCGAGCUGAGCCGAGACAUUGGCGCCGUUGAUGAUACAUCCAAUAAUGGAAUAGAAGAUAUUGAGUUUAAUUCGCGCUCAACAUUGCUCAACAUAUCCGCAGAGCAAUACCAUUUGGCAUUAGACGGGACGACAUGGAAAGCAAUUCAAAUGCAUUAUCCACACUUUAUUCCGCAUAUUGUUGCAAGAGGUACAAUAUUUGCACGUUUUCGACCAGAACAAAAAAGCCAAAUAGUCAUAUGCUUGAAACAGUUCGAUUAUGUUGUGGCCAUGGUUGGCGACGGCGCCAAUGAUUGUGGUGCUCUUAAGGCUGCUCACAUUGGGUGUUCCUUAUCAAAGGCUGAGGCAUCCGUAGCGGCUCCAUUCACUUCAAGUGAAGAAAACAUUUCAUGCAUAAAACACUUGGCACUUGAAGGUCGCUGCGCCUUAGUUACAUCAUUCGGUUUAUUCAAAUACAUGAUAAUGUAUUCGUUCAUACAAUUUAUUGGUAUCCUCAUUUUGUACACGAAUUCGUCGAUCUUAGGUAAUUUCCAAUUUCUGUAUGUCGAUCUAAUUAUAACGGCAAGUUUAGCAUUUUCCAUGGGGCGACAAGGGCCUGCUGAAAAAUUGGGUACAAAACGACCUAGCAGCUCACUAUUGUCAUUAGCGAACGUAAUUCCAAUACUGAUGCAAGUGCUUCUGUGUGCUGUUAUUCAAGCAACGGCCGUCAUUUAUUUGUUUCAACAAUCCUGGUUUCCAACCCAAUUGCAAGGAAAUGAAUCCAAUGACGAUGACGAUGAAAGAGUAUUAUGUUGGGAAAAUACGAUGAUAUUUUUGGUCAGCUGCUAUCAAUACUUAGCUUUAGGAGUUGUUUAUUCCAAAGGUUUACCUUAUCGUCAACCGAUAUCAACGAACUGCUUGUUGCUGGUGUUUUUGACAUUUUUGACUAUAUUCACCACAAUGUUAUUAUUACGACCGUUCGCAUUUUUAUCGGAUAUUUUCGAAAUCGAACCGUAUUUAGCAACACAAAACGAAAUCAAUAUCUUCCGAUUCACAAUUCUCGCCUUUCCAUUAAUACACCUGAUGUUUGCCUAUGGCAUUGAGCUUUUGAUUGCCGAACGACCAUGGUAUAAGCAAUUUAUUCAUUUCAUAGUACGCAAGAAAGGCCCACGAAAUAAAUUCAAAAAAAUCGAACAGAACUUACAGGCCAACAGCAUAUACGACUUGCAACGACAUUUCGAAUGUUGACCGAUUUCAAGCAUCGUCGAAUUUUUAAAUAUGCCAUUCAACAAAUCGAAAUCCGUGUUCAAUUGUUUUUAACGCGAUUUCAUUUAAAUGUACUCUUUUUUUAUUUUUUUUUUAAAUGUAAAUUGUGUUCUUCUUCCUUCAAUAAAGCAAUUUGUAAUAUAAUCGUUUUUAAUUCCAA